AAAUAAUCUUCAGGGAGUCAUGACGAUUACGAGUAUAUAAGAAAAUUUUCAUCAAACGACGAUUCAAUCAAUCAUUCUUCACCUACAUCAUCAUUUCAGUAUCCAGUUUAUUCGCAACUUGAUAAGAGUGAUUACAUAGUUGAUGAAUAUUAUUCUUCGAAUCGUCCCAGCGUGGCAUCAUCAAAUGUUAAUUACAACAAUAAUGUGAUCUCGAGUAAAUCAAAUUUGAAUCUUAUUGUAACAUCAAAUGAAGAGAUUCGUGUUCCAGUAGUGCGUGUUGUGAAGAGAAGAACGACAGCCAACAAGAAAGAGAGAAGACGUACACAGUCGAUAAAUUCAGCAUAUUCCAGUUUACGUGAACAUAUUCCUAACGUUCCUUCAGAUACAAAGUUAUCAAAAAUUAAAACACUUCGUCUGGCGACAUCAUACAUCAGUUACUUGAUCAACGUUCUCGAAGGCGAAGAAACCACAAUAGCAAAUGGAAACUUUAAGAGCGGUUUCCGUGCUGAACUGGUGCCAUCGUCAAGGAAAAUAAAUGCUGAACGUCGUGCACAAAUGAAAAAAGAAAUUCAAAGUCAAAUUGAACAGCAACAACAACAAGGAUCGGAAGAUAAAAAACGUACUGGCUGGCCGCAAUCGGUAUGGGGAAGAGAAACUCUGGGAAGGAAAACACUCAAGUGAUUCAAUUAAUCUUUAUGAGUUUUUCUUUUUUGUAAUUUACAUUCGCUUCAUGCAGCUUUCAGCCAAAGAUUUAUGAAUCUUAUCAUUGAACUUUAAUAUUCAAUUUCAGAUGGAUUCUCGAAAAAGUAGAAUAAUUUUAAUAUUGGCAGUGAAAAUAAAUAAAGCUUAUAGAGAAAUAUUUCUCUAAGUGCAUAA